AUGCAGGUGUUCACCAUGGAUCAAAUGCUUCCAAGCCCGGGGUUUAGCAUCCCCAGUAUAGGUACUCCUCUUCAUCAGCCGGAGGAGGACCAGCAGAUCCUUCCUCAUGCCCAACAAGCUCAACAGUCACAACAGCCAGAAGCACCACAGCCCUUCAAUACCCCCACAUAUGGAGCACAGAUGCUCCAUUCCCAGCCAAGUAUACUCUCUGGGUCUGCCUUGUCACAACACAUCCUGAGUAAUGCAGUGGACCCAAGCUCACCCCAAUUGCAGCAACAAAUACAGGCAAAUAAACAACAGCAAGUACAAGUACAAACUAAGUUGAUAGCAGAAAAAUCGAUGCCUCCUGUCCCAACGCCAAUGUUUCCUCCUCCGUCCCCAGCUCCCAUGACACCUCUCACUCCUGCAUCAGCAGAAGCUGCCAUUGUGCCACAGCUUCAGAACAUUGUAUCCACAGUGAAUCUAGGGUGUAAGCUUGACUUGAAGAAAAUAGCUCUCCAUGCAAGAAAUGCGGAAUAUAAUCCCAAGCGAUUUGCAGCUGUCAUUAUGAGGAUAAGAGAUCCUCGAACUACUGCUCUUAUAUUUAGCAGUGGUAAGAUGGUCUGCACAGGAGCUAAAAGUGAAGAAGACUCCCGUCUGGCUGCCCGGAAGUAUGCCCGCAUUGUUCAAAAGCUUGGAUUUGAUGCAAAGUUCUUGGACUUUAAAAUCCAGAACAUGGUUGGAAGCUGUGAUGUGAAGUUCCCUAUACGGUUGGAAGGCCUUGUUCUUACUCAUAGCCAGUUCAGCAGUUAUGAACCUGAGCUCUUCCCAGGUCUCAUCUAUAGAAUGGUGAAGCCAAGAAUCGUUUUGCUGAUUUUUGUGUCUGGCAAAGUGGUUCUCACAGGAGCAAAGACUGUCCAGCCACUAGACAUCUCAAGUCUUGAUGACUCCAUCCUCUUCAAUAUUCAGUGGCCUGGGAAGAUCACAGAUGAUGUUCUCCAUGGCCUUGAUGAGAAGGCAGAGACCUUGGCUGUGACUUCCUCACUGAAUGAGAACUACCAGUGUGUGAUUCCUGCUGCUGGAGACAAACAGGAGGAGUAUGAUGGGGAAUAUACAGGACCCAACCCCUUGGGGUUGCUCCAGCCUUUGUUCUCUCAAGUUUCCUGCUCAUACAGGAAGAUUGAUGGGCAGAACUUGCCUUUUGUGGCUAUGAACAUGACAGAUGGCACAAUCUGUGAUCUGAAUGGGAAACCCCGGUUCACACGGGUCCUCUAUGUCUGCUACAAGCAGGGCAAGCAUGAAGUCUAUUCAUUGGAGGAAACCUCCACCUGUGAAUAUGAGAUAGUCAUCCUGUCCCCUUACCUCUGUCGUCACCCCAAGUUCAGGGUUAAGGAGCAACAAAACCAUGACAUCAGGUGCUAUGCACUGGAUGGUUCUCCUGCAAGACCAAGGAAGAUUGUUCAAGCUGAAGCAGAGAAUGCAAAGCUCAAGCAGCAGACAACCAUUUUGGAAUUGAGCAGUGCAGGAGGUGGUACAUACAAAGUUCAGAUCAGUCCUGUGGACAUCUCUGGCAUUACUGACAUUGGAGCUGCAUUGUUGGCUGAGGUGGACAAUGAGCGUCGGACUGGGAGAGCUGCCCCCAUUCCUCCUGUUGAUAAGGAACCUGUGUCUACAUAUGCCAAGCCUGUAUUUGAUGCCAAGCUUGUGGAGGACUUCCUCAAGGGAGAUCACUGCCUCUCAGGGGAACCAGAUGGAAGUAGGACAAUGAUAACCUUGGGUGUGUUCAAUGAGGAGAAGCAUCGGAAAUGGAUUGAGGCACAUCCCAGCAAGAGGCCAACAAAGGCUCAGGUGUCCCACUUGUAUGGAGAUGGCUCUCCAUGUAAGGAGACAGGGGAAGCAAGGCGAGUGGAAGUGAGGCUCAAAUGCCGUGAGUCCUCCAGUCCUAACUCGGUCUCCUUGUACUUGCUUGAGCCACGCACCUGUGAAUAUGUCCUUGGUGUCGAAUCCAUGAUCCUCUGUCCACUCAUUGAGAGGGCAGACUCUCAUGGUGUUAUGUCACUCCCUGAAGAGGAUUUUGAAAAUGCAUUUGGGUUUGACCUCUCCAAGUCACCUGCUGAUUCUAAGGAAGUGCCUCCAGUUGGACAAGAAUCCAAGUCCCAAGAGAGCAGAUCAAGAGACCCUGUAUAUGUUGAGCAGGCUACACAGAGGACAACGGUCUUACCAAGAGAAAAAACUCAUGAGGAACCUAUAAAGAGUGAGAAACCUAGCUCUGAAGAGAAGAAGCAGAUGGGUAAGCCUGACCUGUUUGUGUGGAGCUACAGAAUGGAGCAAGACUGGGCAAGUGUCCUUCAUGAGAAGUACAAGCACUUCCUUCAGCUCUGCAAAGAGAGUGAAGAUGAUCCUGAUGAAGAGCCAUAUCGUUCCAAAUAUGCUGCUCGAAUGAUCCUGGAGGAAAUGGAGGAACAAAUUUCUCAUAAUCUUGAUCACUUCAGAUUAUCCAACCAAGAUACCCCUAUGGUCAUACAUUGCCGAUGUCAAUUGGCAGCUGUACACUUUCAUCUGGGAGUGAUAGGAAUGGAGACUGAUGAAGUUCCAGCUGGAGAAGAGGAGCUUGCAAAGGGACUUGAUAUCAUUGAGGAGUAUUCCACCCAUCCCAAGGGGAUCCUGGUAGCUCUCAAGUCUCUCAAUCAACUGGGUAUACUCUGGGCCAAUUACAGAGGGGAUGGGGAACGUGCACUUGAGUACCUGCACCAGGCCAAGUGGAAAUAUGUUGAGUUUCAGAGACAAAGAAAUUCAGAGAUGCAUUUGCUCACCAUUGAAAAUCUCUUCAGUCCUGAAGGAGUGGGUUGGACUGUUGAGUUGGAUGAUGGGGGUGAAAAGGACCUUGAGCAGGCAUUCACCCUCACCCUUUACUACCUUGCCCAGGUUCUCAUCAAACACUCAGAGUUCAAAAAGGCAGUAGGUUUCCUACAUGCCACCAUCAAGCGACAGCUGGAGUACAAAAUGUGCUCACUUGAUUGGCCCAUAAAUGCUGCCACCCUUGCAGAGUUCUUCUUCAACAAGAAGGCAUUUAAAUGUGCCAGACAUCAUUUGGCAAGUGCUACUUGUGUAUUGGAGAGGUUGAAGGGAGAAUCAGGGGACCUAGAUCAAGAGGAAUUGGAGGAGACAGAAGCCAAAGUAGCUUGGUACUGGGGCAAAUAUGGCCUAUCCCUCUUGGAAGCCUCUGGAAAUGCUCAAGAAGCACAGAAUCCAGUUGGAGACCUGCUGGUGGGUCCUUUGUUGGAAGGACCAGAAGCUGAAUAUGGUGAAUCAGGGUUACCUGGCAUCAUUCCCUCAUCUGCCAAUGACAUGAUAUUUUCCACUCUUGAGGUCACUCCAUAUGAGGAUUAUUUCCCAUCUGAGCUGGUUACUAACUUUGAUGGAGCCAGGAAUGUGUUUUGCAAAGCCAGAGACUGGUUCAAGGUUGCCAAGGAGUUUUUCACACUCUCGGAUCAUGCUUCAACUCAUUCUGAAAUAGUGCAGCAUAUAUCCCAACUCUACAACCACCUUUCUACAUUUGAGCCAGAUAUGAGUAGGCAAAGCAAGUUGCUGAAGCGACGUGCUGACAUGAUCAAGGAGCUGAAGAAUGAGCUGAAUCCCGUGUUUUAUGAGCACAUUUGCCAGGAACUUCAGUAUGAGCUUGGGAAGAUAUAUAAGACCAUGGUGGAAUUGAAGGAAAAAAUCCUUAAGGAACGUGUGCAAGCAGGAAAUUUGGAUGAAGACGCCCAAAGGAAGGCUGAAAAGAAGAUCAAUUUUCUCAUCUCAGAGGCCAUCCAGGCUUUUCAGGGUUUUCUUGAUCUCAUCAAAGGUACCCUUGGGAACCUGCCAGAGAAUUUUCCUGAAGAGCUUGAGAGGCAUGCCCUGCUGGCAUCCCUCAACAUGGGCUACCUGUACACAAAGAUGAAGGACACAAAUGGAGUAGAUGCAUUGGAGCACAAAAGGAAAGCUAUUCAACACUUAAAAUAUAUGAAAGAAUAUUGCAAGAGACAUCCAAGUGCUGCUGAGUCCUUGAGUGAGGAAUUAGUUCUUGGGGAGGAGAUGCUGGGGAUACUUGAGCAACAUUGUGCUGUUAUGACUAGCCAUGAGAUCAAUUCAGAGAGAAAAGAAUACUCAGAGGAGGAUAUCAGGAGUAUUCAAGAACAGACAAUUGUUCAGGCUUGUGAGGCCUCAAUGAAUGCAGCAUUCCGCCUUGCUGAUGCAACCUUGGAAGCUGUUCUCAUGGCACACAGCACUUACAGGGAUGCUAUGGACAAAGUGAAUGAUCUCUUGAUGGCAUCUCUCCUGUAUCAGUCAAAUGACCAUUAUCAGCAAGAUACCUGGAUUCAGCUCUCAGCAGCAAGAUUGGCUAUGAAAGAGUCCCUUGAACACCUCCAAGAAAUGGAGUUUUUGCUGCUGCAAACUCAUCAGAUUCUCAAGUCUGUUGCCUCAGCUGCAUGUGCUGCCAGAGCUGAAGAAUUGUCAUCUGCUGCUACUCAAAAGCUCACUUCUAUCCUGGAUCAGUUGGAAGCAGAACAAAAUUUGACAACAGCAAAGGAACGGGAACACCUGGAGUGGCACAGGAAACAAAUCUUGGAAUUUGGUGCUACCAAGGGUCAGGCUCAUGCUGAGAGUUCUGCUUCUGCUUCUUCUCAAGCAUUAAAUACUCAGAGUAAAUCACACAGUAAAUGUGUGGAGUCCUCCUCGAACCCCGCAGGGAAUGGCGUAAUGAAUACGGAGGGAAGAACCUCCUCCCUCAUACGCAUACGUACGCCAGGACAUCCCACCUUCCCUGAGCAGUCCAUCGGCAGUGGGUCGCCGAGAGCCAAACCGUGCCGAGCCUUCACGCAGCUGCCGCACAGGACCGUGCGGACUAUUAGAGGAACUGUGGUGACGGUGCUCCUCCACCGGACAACUGGGACGCACGAGGACGACCCUGAGGCUCCCUCAUCAACGGCCGUACCGAUGUAUCGGCUAACACCGGUAUCGGCCGCCAGUUUUGCACUAUCGGUGCCAUCGGUCAUCGGCCAAUGGUGCCGGUGUCCAAAGUUUGGAAACCACUAUUUUACACUGUUUUCGAAUGGAAUUCGUGACACCCCCACCCUGGGUAGAGAACAGAGGAAGCGCUACUGCUAG